AUGCUUUACUAUAACGCUGAUAUCGUUACCAUGAACGCUGACCGCCAUAUCAUUGCCGAUGGUGCUAUCCUGGUCAAGGAUAACCGAAUCGCUGAUAUUGGCAAGACCAAGGCUCUCAAGGAGAAGUAUCCCGAGGAAGAAAGCUAUGACUUUGGUGGCAAGUUGGUUAUCCCUGGUCUGAUCGAUACCCAUGUCCAUCUUGCUCAAUCCUUGCUCAGAGGCUGCGCCGAUGACAAGGAAUUGAUCCAAUGGCUCUGCGAGCGUGUUUGGGUUCUCCAAGGCUGCUUCGAGGAAGACGAUGGUUACGUCGCUGCUAAACUCUGCAUCGCAGAAAUGCUCAAGAGUGGUACCACUACUUUCCUCGAGGCUAUGUGCGCUGACCGCUACAACUUCAGCCGCGUUGCUAACGCUGUUGAGGAGUCUGGUAUCCGCGCCUGUCUUGGCAAAAUUGUUAUGGACAUUGGCACCUAUACUGAAUCUGCCUUCUCUAUGCACCCUGGUUUGAUUGAAACUCGUGAGCAAUCUUUGCUCGGAACUCUUGCCAUGCACGAAAAGUGGCACGGAAAGGCCAACGACAGAAUUCAUGUCUGGUUCGGUUCCCGCACUCCUGGUGGCGUCAGUGUGAAGCUCUUCAAGGAAAUGACUCAAAUUUCCCAGGAGAAGGAUAUUCGUAUCACCAUGCACUGUGCCGAAGUGGAGGCUGACAAGAAGUACUUCCGUGAAGAGUUUGACAUGUCCCCCAUGGAGUUCUGUGAUCACGUUGGCUUGCUCUCUGACAAGACCGUGCUGGUUCACAUGGUCUGGUUGGAAGAAAAGGACAUCAAGAUGCUUGCCUCAUCUGGCACCCAUGUCUCCCACAACCCCACCUCCAACUGCAAGCUUGCUUCUGGUAUCGCCAAGAUCCCCAUGAUGCUUGAGAACAAUGUCAACGUCUCUAUGGGAUGUGACGGUUCUCCUUGCAACAACGAUUAUGAUAUGAUCCGUGAGAUGAAGUUGGCUGCUAUUCUUCACAAGGCCGUCACCUUGGACCCCACCGUCAUGCCCGCCGAGAAGGUUUUGGAAAUGGCUACCUUGAACGGUGCCAAGGCUCUCGGUCUGGAGAAGGAGAUCGGUUCAUUGGAAGUUGGCAAGAAGGCUGAUUUCGUUGCUGUUGAUCUCAACAAGCUCCACACCACUCCUUCCUACAACCCUGUCUCCACCUUGGUCUAUGCUGCCACGGGUGGUGAUGUUGACACUGUUGUUGUCGAUGGCAAGGUCGUUGUUCAAAAGGGUGAAUUGCUUACCAUGAACGAGGAGGAGAUCCGUGUUCAGGCUAAGGAGCAUGCUGAUGCUCUUUACAAGAGGGCUGGUAUUGUCAACAAGCCCAUCUGGCCUGUUGUUUAA